AUGAGUGGAAGAACCGAAGCAGCUGGAAGUCCGAUUCUUGCCAGAGUACCCGGAAAGACGGAAGAAGGCUGUGUUGCGCCGACUGCCAAGGGUUGUGCUAAUGGACCGGUGUUCGCAUUCGCCGCUCCCAAAAUGUUGAUUAGGUCUGAUAAUGGGAGACUCUCUAAGUACCCCAUUGGAGUAACACCCCCCGCACCGACGGCAGGAAUCUGCAUUCUGGUUUGCCCAGAAAGGAAAGAAGUUCCAGUGCCCAAAGAGUUUACUGGUAAGGUAUUGCUCAAGAUCGGAUUUUGA